AUGCCUGAUUCACUCGCCUCUCUACGCGCGCAAUCGAUGUAUGAUCUGAAAGGAAGAGUGGCUAUCGUUACCGGAGCAGGCACGGGAAUCGGACUCAUGAUCGCCAAGGGAUUGGCGGCCAAUGGUGCAAAGGUCUACGUUGCAGGACGACGUGCAGAAUUGCUUCAGAAAUUGGUAGAUUCUGUGCCGAAGGAGGAAGGGCAGCUUAUUGCAUUACCCAUGGAUAUAACGCAGAAGGAAAGCAUACUUGCGGCGAAGAGGCUGAUCCAAGAGAACGAUGGAAAGCUACACAUACUCGUGAACAAUGCAGGCCAGGUUGGGCCAACUUCUCUGUGGUUGGGAAACCCGGAUGCUCCAGAGAGGGCCAAUGCAGAAACCUUAGGAAAUGCGUUGUUCAAUGAAGACCUGCAAGGCUGGGGUGAUUUGUACGCCGUCAACGUGUACCCGGUCUUUUUCAUGACGACCGCCUUCUUGGGAUUACUCGAUAAAGGUUCGAAGGACGACCCGAGGUGGACUUCCAACGUGGUCAACAUCACAAGUAUGAGUGGAGUGAUUAAGCUGGCCCAAGACCACUUCUGUUACAACAGUGCUAAGGGUGCUGUGACGCACCUAUCAAAGAUCCUUUCCACCGAGCUACAUCUGAAAAAGGUUCCAGUGCGAGUCAAUGCCGUCGCGCCUGGGGUAUAUGCAUCAGAAAUGACCUAUACCACCAUAACUCGCGAUCUGGUUGAUGCGGUUGGGAAGGGUAUUCAGCCAGUACCGCUGGCCAGAGAUGGAACAGAUGUUGAGAUCGCUGGUACAGUUGUGUACCUUGCAUCUCGAGCGGGAGCAUAUACUAGUGGUCAACACAUCGUUGUAGAUGGCGGUUACUGUGAUCUUAACCCUGCGGUGAUCUGA